UGGGGGGGAGUGACCGCGUGACCGGUCACGUGGGCGGCCCAGUGCUGGCUCGAGCCGCGGUGACCGUUGGUCGCGAGGCCCGUGGCCGGAGGAAGGCGGCGGAGGGGCGGCUGAUGGGCUGAGCUGAGCCCUCGUGUCCGCCAUGGACUGGGAUCAGUUAGUCCUCAAUCCUAAAGUGGUGGCUGCAGUCAGGAGAGCAAAUAUCCAAUCAAUCAAGGAAAUUUUGAGUCUUUCAGGACCAGAUCUACAGAGACUCACAAAAUUAUCGCUCACUGACGUGCAGCAUUUGCAUAAAACUGUUGCAGCAGCAGUAAAGACAAAUCCAGUGGUAACAGUACUCCAGAUAUAUAAAGGGGAAUGCCCUUUUCCAACCCAGAACCAAAGACUUAGCCUGGGUUGCCCAGUCUUAGACCUGCUACUUGGAGGUGGAAUUCCACAUAUGGGAAUAACAGAGAUUGCUGGUGAGAGUUCAGCAGGAAAGACCCAGAUCUGCAUGCAACUCUGCCUGUGUGUGCAGUACCCUUGCAGCUAUGGUGGACAAGAGGCAGGAGCUCUGUAUAUUUGUACAGAAGAUAUUUUCCCCAACAAGCGUUUGCAGCAGCUGAUUGACCAUCAGCACACAUUGAGAUCUGAUGUCCCUGCUGACAUCAUCAAGAAAAUUAGGUUUAGUGAUAACAUCUUUAUUGAACAUGCUACAGAUGUGGACGCCUUGAAUAACUGUAUUAGUAAAAAGUUACCGAUAUUACUUUCACGAGGUUUGGUGCACCUGGUGGUGAUCGAUUCAAUUGCAGCUUUAUUCCGAUGUGAAUUUGCAGUAAGUGAUUCGAUCGUCAAGGCAAGUCUCCAAAAGUUUGGAGCCACACUGCACCAUCUUAGCACCAGAUUCAGGACUCCCAUUCUCUGUGUCAAUCAGGUAACAGAUGCAUUAAGUGACUCUGCUUUGCCUCAGAGCAAUUUGGGCUUAUUAAAUAGAAAGGUGAUGCCAUCUCUGGGUUUGACCUGGUCCAAUCAACUCUUGAUGAGGCUGAUGGUUAGUCGAACUCACUUGCACGUGGAGGAUAAGUUCCCUGGCAUCUCAGUUCCUGCCUCGUGUUCUGGGGCAAUUUUACGAACAAUGGAAAUAUUAUUUGCACCUCAUCUGCCUCAAUUAUUCUGCUACUAUGUAGUCAGUAAAGAAGGUGUAAGAGGAUUGAAGGAAGAUGUGUUAUAACCACUGAAAAGCCUGUGUGGAUUGUGUGUAUGUGUGUGAUAUGAGGAGGAUGGUACAUUUUUUAUUGCUUUUUUCUCCACAUUUUCAGCAGGCCAAUAAUUAAUUUUCUCUGAAUUUUAUUUUGCUUUAUACCUAAAAUGGUGAUCAUUUAUACUUUUGUUAUAUUUGAAAGAUUUUACUUCUGUGAUUCUUCCUGUUUCUCUAAACGCUGGCUGGUCUCACCUGCCCCAUUAUGGUUUGCCACAAAAAUGGUCAUAAACAUUUACCAAUGUAUGUUAUGUAAGUAUGUUCAUAACUAAGAAAAAUACCAGACAGUUGAAAACAAUUGUUUUGGUCCAUAUAUUACUCCAAUUCUUAUUCUCUCAAGUCAAAACAUCAAUCACAAAUAAAAUAGCAGUUCUCUUGAUGACAUACUAGAUUAAAAAAUGCCAAUAUUGACAACAAAAAAAGCUAUAUUGACAAAAAGACUGCAUGUUUGAUUCCUGAUCGCAGCCUAGGCAGCAGUUUGGCCUUAUUUCCCCUUCGCAGGGUUAAACUAAGCCAGAAUUUUCACUCCCAACAACCGUGGUCUCCACUCAUAAUCACUGUCUAGUAACACUUACUGGAAACUGUGCAACAACAACUUUGGAUGAGGAUAAUAUCUAUCUUGUAUGAUUUUUCUCUCUUUUCCACCCCCCGUGUUUAUUCUGUAAACACUAUCGAUGUUUACACAUGAUUAAUGGUAGCCUCUUGGGGAGGUACAUACUAGUGCCUGUGGAACUACUCCAGCGAGCGACUGCAUCUUGGGAUUUUGGAAGCUUUUUGGGGGUUGGGGUGGGAAUAGUGCGCAGAUUUCAAACAAAUCUCCUGUAAACUUUUGCCAAAACAUAAAUCUCCUGUAAACUUUUGCCAAAACAUUACAAAUUUUCACUGUUCUUCCCUAUAACACACUCAUUUUGUAUAUUCUGUAUAUUUAUAAUCAACCCUGAUGUUUAAUUACACUUGUUUUUGCGUUGUUUAGGGAAGACAAUUAAAAUUAAGAUUAUUUAAAGGCAAUUAAGUUCUUAAUUAAAUUAAGAUCCAGCCAGGCGAUUGGAUCAGUCCCAACCACAGACUUCCAGUUGCUCCAUGCUCACUGUGAAUGCCAAUCUGUUUACCCCUGAGCGGGAUGAGAUUGAUAAGAUUUAUUUGGGGCUCGAAGCUAAAUAGACAAGUAGCCAUGGAAGUUGAAUUCUGAAAAUCAACAGGUGAGCUUCAGGGUCAAAUAAAACUUUCUGCAAAAUUGUGUUUUUUUUCAAUAUAUUCAAAAAUUAUACAUUCAGUGCUGUAGAGUUUUAGGAAAUUAAAGUUCAUUCAUAAGGAAAGUGCUUCCAUCUUGUGUUUGGAUGGAGAAACAAUCUUUUUGCACGUAUGGUUGGAAUUUUGAGUAGGAAGGAUAGCUAAACGUAUUUAGCAAGUAUUUUUGUAAACAAUUUUUUAAAUGAAUAUUGUGCACCAUUUUAGAUUUUCAACACUGCUUUAGAUCUAUAGCCACAAUCUAUCAGGUGAAAAAGAAGAAAGUCCAUAAUAGUGUCUAUAUAGGAAUGUUGUCCAAAGAAUCAAUAAAAUGUACAUUUGUACAAUGUUUCCUUUUUUGCUUAAUCCUGAAUAUUUAUUGUUUCAUAUUGCAUUUUCUCUAUAUGAUGAAUCAAAGUAUUUGCUGGUCACUUGGACAUUGUCUUUGUGUGUUUCAAUUUCUCUUAAACCUGAUCCUCCAAAUGAGGACCAACGAAUAAUAGAUUGAGGCAAUGUAAAUAUUUUAUGCUGUUAUAAUAUUGAUUUCAUGAACUGUGAAGAAACAGCCUCAGUGAAAUAUUUAUAUUCUGUCACAGUAAAUUAGUUGCACUGAUGUCUAUAUAUGUGUAUUUCAAGUACAGUACUGGAGAAACUAGAACAUAGAGGGAGCUAAGGCUGGGGUCAACGAUUGAUUUUUUGAAAAUGAAGUAUAAAGGCUAAAUAUUUUAUCUACAAUUUGUAAGCUAUUCUGUUGACCAUUUGAC